CAAGCCCAUAACAAAACACCAAUAAUUAUUAGUUUUUGGGUGUAUUAUAGUGAAAAAUAAUAUGUAGUGAGAUAUGAAUAAGAAUAUUACGAUAUCGGAUCUCAACGUAGAGAUACAAGGGAACGGGAAUGGUAUUCGAAAAUAUUUGGGUGCCAAAAUUGGAAUUUGCGUUAUAGAAUUUCUACUAGCCUCAGUGUUUUAUUGUUAUGGAAUCAUCCUCUCUGAAUACGUCAUACUUGGAACUCAUAAAUAUGGAGACGGUUUAUGGACGUCUAUUUUAUUUAUUUGCAGUUGGAGCUUUACAGAUCCAAUUGCCAGAUUCAUUUCAGAAUACUUUGAGGAUCGCAAAAAUAUACUCCUCAAAUACCUAAUGGGAUUUAGCUCAGCUAUACUUUUUAUUGCAGUGAUGAUUCCUGGAAAUAUAAUUGCGUAUAUGAUUUUUGGAGGUUUAUUGUCCAAUCUCGUCUCCAAUCAGCUCAAUUUUUUUGCCAUAGACAAGCUGGACAUGGACAGUAAAGUUUUUGAAGCUUUUCGUCAAAUCUCUAGAGCAUUGAGCCUAUUUAUCAUGCCCCAAAUAAUUUGCUUGUUAAUUACUUAUUAUGAAGUCAAUCAAGUUAAAUUGAUAUUUGGUGCUGUUUUGUUUAAUAUUAUUCCUGCCGCACUCAUAAUUAAAACUGGUGAAGAAACACGUAAUAAUGAUUACGAUACUGAAAUGUCUCGAUAUCAAACUAUUGGUCGUUUUUCUCAUCAAAUGCAAGAAAUGAAAAGCUUCACAAAAGAAAAUGAUGACAAUCUUUCUGAAAGUAGUUCAACAUCGAGCAAAGAAGAACCAGUUUUUGAAAUAAAUCCCAAAUAUAUCCGAGUUGAUAACGGCAUCGAAAAUGAAGCAUCCGAACAUAUUAUCAACGAUUUAUCAGUGCCCACAAUGCAUUUGAGUCCUGUUAAUGUUCAAUCGUAUUUUCUUAAUUUUGGAGUGAGCAUUUUACCUGGUAUUCCCGAAGAAGAUGAAGAAAUCGAUGACAUAAACUACAUUAACCCAAAAAGACUGAGCGUCAUAAGUAGCAAACUGGAAGAAUUAAAUAUACAAGAUCAAAUACGACGUGAAAGCAUUAAAGAAGUUUUUAGCAUUAAUGAGGUACAUAAACCUGAGCGUAUAAACACAAUCGAAUACAUACCAAAUUUCAAAGAAGAAAAAUCUAGAAUGUCUGUUUUGGAUGAGUUGAAGAACUUUCAAAGGUCCAGUCAUUGUUUCCAUUGCUCGCCAUACAGAAAAUAUAUCUGGACUAGAAGGUUGAGAAUGGUGAAGGAUUUUUUUAAUGAUAAUUUUUUACGUCCGCUUUACCACGCUUUGAAAAACUUAUAUUUUUAUCCAGCGUUGAGCACUAAAAUAACCACCAACUUGGUGUCAACGUUGUACAUAACUUUAGCUCCUUUCAUGGCAAUGGAGAACUCGUGGAAACAAAAAAUGCUUAUUUUUAGUACAGAAAACGUAACAUUUUUACUCACUUAUGUUGCAUUUGCUUGGUGCUUUUUCCUUGUAGGCUUACCAUUGGUUUUUAAGCUCAAUCAAAACAAAAUUCGAAUGGUUUUUGCUUUCGGAUUGGUUGUCAGUGGGACUAGUUUAUGGUUUCUUUCAGCUAAAUUAAGUAACGAUGUUAUUACUAUAAGUAGUCUCCUGUUCGGUUUUGGUUACGGCAUAAUCACUUACACGGAAAAACAAGUUUUCAAAACCUCGAUUGGGAUGAGGCCUUGGUACUUGGUGCGAGGACCUCUAGAAGUCCUCUCUGCCGUUUUUAUCCUUAUAAUUUAUCACGUUAUUUAUUUAAACAAAGUAAAUUUGAAUUGGUUACUGUUCUUGGCCGCAAUGUCCUAUUAUUUCAAUGCUGUUUUGUGGCUUUGCAUGCCGUUUUUCAAGUAUUUUAUCAGUAUUGUCAAGAGGAUAAUUUUCGACGAACGAAGUCAACAGGAAGAGUUUUUUCAUUAGAGGAGGAUGUGUUAUGUGUAUUUUUUUCUAAAUAAAAUGUGAUAUUUUUCAUUUAU